AUGACUGUAAACCAGACGUUUAUGGUUUUGGAUACUCCAAGAAGACAAGAAGACCCAUUCAAGACUCGACUUUGCAAGAGUUAUGCAGUUGGAGGAGACGAAGACUGCAAAUAUGGAGUACACUGCAAGUUUAUUCAUCCAGAGGACGAGGAGCAGUACAUGAGACUCAUCGAGUACACAGAGGAAUACAGAAGAGUCAAAGGAGACGUGCAAAAAGAAGUUCAACAUCUCCACGGACUGAAAAGGACGAUCAACGAUGCAAUCAAGGCAAACGCGAUCGACGAAUGGAUCAAUCGAAGGAUCCGUCUGUUCAAUGAGGUCUACCCGAAGGCACCAAACUACUACGAUCUUCAUGGAAUGUCAACAAGGGGAGCUGUGAACUAUGUGAUGGAUAUUUGCCAGAUGAUGAGGAUCAAUAACAUCUCGACGAGUUGGCUGGAAACGGGAAGAGGAAACCAAACGUUGAUAAUAUUCCACUGA